CCAUUUCUAUGAAGCAGCACGCAAACGUGCACUAUCCUUACAGACAAAAGUGGAGGUGUUCAAAGGGUUGGAUAAUACACCACCAGACAGGAAAAAGAAAGACGGGGCUGCACAUCUCAGCAUCCCCGCGAACACUCUGUCAACCAUUCUGAAACAGAAAACUGUGGAUGCGCUCAGCGUCGUGACCAGAGCUUUCAAUUACAUCCCACCAAGUCAAACUUAGCGUCCAAGCUGUAGCUGCAGUAUGUAUAUGACUGCUUGGUAUUACUAUUCAACCUCCAAAUCUGUUACACGGCAAACCAACAGAGAAAAUGAAGGACUGUUCUACUUUACUAGAAGUUUUACAUGAGCAUCGGUAUUUAUGAUGCAAAAAAACACCCGUUACGGCCAUGGGUGCAAGUCGUCAGCGUUUCCGAUGUGCGCAAUACCCUCAUGUUGAGGACGCUUUGCUUUUGAGGCUUUUUGUUUUAAAUGCCCCUGAUCAGAAUGGGACAUGCAUGUUUCAAGUACAGUUCAUUUGCAAUGUAUACUUUUUAAAAGUUCACUUACAAUUGUAUUUUCAAUAAAUACACACUAUUUUUAAAUGUGUAAUACAUUUCAUUGUACAAAAAUGAUUUCAGAGUAAUUUGAAUGAGAACUGACAUAUGCAUUCGGCUGACACCUGAUAAUACAAAUACCGCUAAUACGAUUUUUUAUUUAUUUAUUUUUGCUGGUCGCUUGAAAUCCGUAUUGGUGAGAGUUGACUGUAUAUAACACCACCUGGAACUUUUUGAACAGCUGCAAUGUCACAGAGUAUCUUCAAGUUUGUUCCUGUACUCUUCUCCACCGAAUUGGCCGUGACUCCACAUCUUGGAACGGGAUGCGAAGCUCUUUAAAUGCAGGAAGUGACGUGUGUUGUGCAAGUCGUGUAUCUCCUUGUUGUCCUACGUGUAUCAGUUCCACGUCUGUCUCUGCGCUGCUGCCGGUCUGUGCGAGUGGAAGAUGGCUGCUGUGGCUCGUCCUGCAGUGAAGGAUGGCGUCCGGAUUGCCCUGCUUUGUGUGUGCUGGUAUGCAGUGAGCUCCGGAGGGAACGUCAUUAACAAAAUCAUAUUGAAUGGAUUUCCGUACCCGGUGACGGUGUCGCUGUUCCACAUUCUCUCCAUAGUCGUGUUCCUUCCGCCGCUCUUGAGAGCUUGGGGAGUCCCACAAACAGAGCUGCCGCGCAGGUACUACCGCUGGUACAUUCUGCCUUUAGCAUUCGGCAAGUAUUUCGCAUCAGUGUCUGCACAUUUCAGCAUCUGGAAAGUACCCGUCUCUUAUGCGCACACAGUUAAGGCUACCAUGCCAAUAUGGGUUGUGUUGCUGUCCCGCAUUAUAAUGAAGGAGAAGCAAAGCACAAAGGUGUACAUGUCUCUGGUUCCUAUAAUUGGAGGGGUUCUCCUGGCUACAGUGACUGAAUUGUCUUUCGAUUCUUCUGGGCUCAUUAGUGCCCUGGCUGCAACCCUCUGCUUCUCUCUACAAAAUAUCUUCUCCAAAAAGGUCCUGCGAGACACACGGAUACACCACCUCCGUCUGCUCAAUGUCCUGGGCUUUCACGCUGUCCUCUUCAUGCUCCCUACCUGGGUGCUGGUGGACCUGUCGUCUUUCCUCGUUGACAGCGACGCGAGUUUCAUGUCCAUUUGGUCGAGCACGCUGGUCCUGCUCCUGGUCAGUGGGUUCUGUAACUUUGCUCAGAACAUGAUUGCCUUCAGCAUUCUGAACCUCAUCAGUCCUCUGAGCUACUCCGUGGCGAACGCUACGAAGCGCAUCAUGGUGAUCAGCGUGUCCCUGCUGCUGCUGAGGAACCCCGUCUCCUCCACCAAUGUGCUGGGCAUGAUGACCGCAAUACUGGGGGUCUUCCUUUAUAACAAGGCUAAAUACGAUGCAAACCAGGAGGCAAACAAGAAACUGCUGCCAGUUUCAAAAGAAGAUCUCCUUUCCUUUGAUCAUGGAAGUGCUGCGCUGGAAAAAAGCCAUGCCAAUGGGAUCAUGCCCUUCCCAGUCAACUCGGACUACCAGUACAGAGGAAGCAACGUGCUGACGGAUCACUUCCAGUACAGCCGGCAGACCCACGCUCUGGGAAAGAGCUCAAACCAGUAUGAUGUGUAGAACCUGGGGAGCAGCAUGGGUUUGAACUUUACUACCAGCGCUGUCGCAGGCGCAGCUAAGGGGAGAGAGAGAUUGGAUGGCAGUGUCUGUAUGGGAGAGUUUGCACACUGAGGCAUUGUGGACCAUUUAACCCGCUAGGGUGCUGAGCCCACUAGUGUAGAUUUUCAAAUACGUGCUGAUUUUAUUGAGCAUGCUACAUGAAAACUAGGGUGUACAAAAUGUGUUGCCCGUUUCCCCUAAUUUGGUUAUACCAUAGUAUCCCUGAAUAGAUAAUCCCAUACAAACGUAUUCAAAAUUAUUUUAACACACACGUGAGAUCUUGCUGUGGCUUUAGUUUGAGGGAUUUUCCCACAAUCAAAAAAACAAAAAUAUGAAAAAUAUGAUUUUAAAUGUUUCGCAAACCACAAUAUGUUUUAAUACAACAAUAAAAUGAUGUAAAUAUAGAUUCCUAGAAUAGGGGUGAUUGAUCUAUUCUGGGGUACCGUGAUUUAGGGUAACAUGGGUAAAAAUGAAUCAUUUUGACUCGCUGUUGGAAGCAAGAAAGGAAUCGGAUUGUAGUUUUUCAUUGUGCCCUCUGUGUUAGUAAAUAAUAGUUAAUCCGCCCCCCCCCCCUUCCCCAAAUCAAGCAACUGUCCUUUUAUUUUGCAUGUACAGUAGCUUACACUACCAACCAUAAAGAACAACAGCUGCUCCUUCAGUGUAUUUUUCCAGUUGUUAAACCCGCUGCCUGGGUCGCUGUCAGCUUUGCCCUGCUUUCCUUCGGCAGUAUUUACAUUGUGAAUUAUUCUUUUAGUUCAGCCCUUUGUUUUGUGUUUUGCAUGCUGUAUAAAUCUAUAUAAACAUCUUUAACUGUGACGUCCUUCUAGUGCCCACAUGAGAAGUGCAAUUCUGUUUCUGUUAUACAGCAAGACUAACGGCACUUGCUGUUUCAGGUCAUUGUUUAGGUUGCAUAUGUUUUGGAGAUGGGUUGUAAAGCUAGUAUUGCCAUAUCGGGAGCCCUGGGAGAGUCUUCCCUGGGGAAGGCAGUCCAGGGAGUGCAGGCUCUGGCUGUGCCACGCUGCCUGUCUUCACUGGGGAUUCCUCAAGGAGUAUUGGCUCUGGUGCUGGGUUACAAUCAGACUCCUUGCAGUGGCCCCUGCUGGCUGGGUACUGGUGAGCUCAAGCGGACACCUGCAGGGCUGCUCCUCCAGGGGCCGGUAGCUCGCCCACAUCGCUGUGGAGCUCCUGGGUGUAAAGAGGUGAUUGGCUUGGGGAUGCCCACUGACCUUCACUUCUCCUGAGCUGUGGGAAUUGCUGUGGUGAGGGAACAUCAUUGGGCAUUGUGAAAAUUGGAGAGAAAAUCAGGGGUACUCAGAAUCUUUUAAUAAUUGCAUAAUCUUAUCAAAAAGUAUUUAUAUUUUUUAACACUUUCUGGACAAAAUUGAACAGAUGUAUGGUGUUCUGCUGAUUUGUAAAGGUCAGUGCUGGUCAGGAUUGCACUGUUGCACUGUACAGUCUCAUCAAUAAGAAAUGUCCAUCAGUAACUUUAAAAACACUCAAUCACAGAGUCUAAGUUUUUAGUGGCUCUCCUGAUAAAAGCACAGCCUGUUGGAGUGCAGGGGGACUCGUGCAAGCCUGGGUUCAGUCCUGUUUGUGCUGCUAAUGUGUUGGCGUUUGUGCUUCCGCGAGGUUAGGAAGGAAAACUGGCACCCAGUAGUAAUGCUGGUCUCUUCAGUCAGGCUUGUCAAGUUGACAAACGUUUCCCAGAAUCCUUAUUUUCAAAUUUCAAACUUGAUUAAAAGUAACCCUAAACAAGGUGAGAUUGUUUUUUUAGGUGCAGUAAUCCCAACAUUAACCUUUCUACAUGUGAUUUAUUUAUGGAAAGAGGUUUUAUUUUAUUUUGACUCAUUAAACAAUUAUAGUAAAUGUUUUACAAAACAGGUUUAAAGUACGUUGUGCUAGCAAAAUAAUUCCAGUAAGUCAAUAUUUUCUUGUCUGAUAAACGCACACAUUAUGGCUGCAUGAAGGAAUUAAGUGCAACAGUGAUUGGUACUCAAAUGCGAGCCAGUGUGUUACGGUUAAUAAGACCCCACCUGAGCCUACACAUAACCUAUGGGGCCCCACUGCUUGCAACACACAGGAAGUUAACUUGAUAGAAUAAAGUGGUAAUCUACAGCAAUAUGGGGCUUGUGUGAAUGUGGAGGUGCAAGUUAAAUCUUAUCUGUUGUGCUUUUUCAUUCAUUGUAUAGGUCUCAAAUGUCCAAUUUUGAAAGAAAAACAUCUUCUAGUACAAAUAUCUGGUAGCACACUUUGUUUUGAAAUCUGUUUGCAAGCCAUCGGUCGCUUGUAGGGUUAGAUUGUUCCCCCUCCUUCAACGGCUUCUUGGUUGUCAUUAAGCAACCAGCUGCUUCCUGUUGACUCUCCCUUUCAGCCAGCUGCUUCCUGUUGACUCUCCCUUUCAGCCAGCUGCUUCCUGUUGACUCUCCCUUUCAGCCAGCUGCUUCCUGUUGACUCUCCCUUUCAGCCAGCUGCUUCCCUAUUGACUCUCCCUUUCAGCCAGCUGCUUCCCUGUUGACUCUCCCUUUCAGCCGGCUGCUUCCCUGUUGACUCUCCCUUUCAGCCAGCUGCUUCCCUGUUGACUCUCCCUUUCAGCCAGCUGCUUCCCUAUUGACUCUCCCUUUCAGCCAGCUGCUUCCCUAUUGACUCUCCCUUUCAGCCAGCUGCUUCCCUAUUGACUCUCCCUUUCAGCCAGCUGCUUCCCUAUUGACUCUCCCUUUCAGCCAGCUGCUUCCCUAUUGACUCUCCCUUUCAGCCAGCUGCUUCCCUAUUGACUCUCCCUUUCAGCCAGCUGCUUCCCUGUUGACUCUCCCUUUCAGCCAGCUGCUUCCCUAUUGACUCUCCCUUUCAGUCGGCUGCUUCCCUAUUGACUCUCUCUUUCAGCCGGCUGCUUCCCUAUUGACUCUCCCUUUCAGCUGGUAACAGGGUUCCUGAGGUGACCUAGGAAGUGCAAGUGUAACAGACAUCCAGAGAAUAAUGCAGAGACACUGAGGCUGUUAUUUAAAGUAGUACCAGAUAUCCUGAUUUAACAUGACAGUACAUGUUUGCUAUAACAUGUGUUUCUUUCAGAACUGCCCAUGUUAGACUAAUGUAACUAAUGGAAGUUCAAACAGAUGAGAUGUAUGCAGCUGUGCUCUCUGCAAUUACUGCAACCUGCUGGUGUGACUGGAAAGAUCAUUAGAUAUCUAAUAUAAUGGAGUCAUUGCUGUAAAAUAAAUGUACCGUUCUGAAAUAUCAGUUAUCAUAAUUAAUGUGAUCUGAUGUAUAGUUUGUUUCAGCCAUCACAUCCUGGGACACCCGUUGCCUCAAUACAGCUGGUACACCAGUGUAACCAUAAACCAGUCCCCCCUGCAACGCCUGCCCCAAUGGAGUUGGCACAUUUGUUCUGUGUUGUAUUUCUUACUAGGUGUGUUGCAGGGGGACAGGUUAAUGGUUACACUGUGGCGUACCAGCUGUACUCGUGAGACGACAGGGGUGCUUUAAACAGUUUGAAAAGUCUCCAGGAUGUGACAACAGAAGCACACAAUGAUACAAGUGGAUCUAAACAAGAAGAAUACAUCAUUCAAAUAGUGGUUGUAGUUCAGAGCUGUACCAAGUUGUUCUUUUGAUAUGUGACCUGCUUGGUGUAACCUGUCUGUUGCAUCUGCAAGAAUACAUUUAGGGUAUCACUUUUAUUAAGGGUGCAUAUCCUGAAUAGUGUCUGUCACUGUGUAAGUGAAAUGGCUCUGCAGAAUGGACAGGUCUUGAGAUUUGUGUGUGAAGGAUUUUAACAGAGUCUGAGUUUAUUCAAUUAAAGAGUGCUAAAUUAAUUCUUAACCAUUAGAUUUAGACUUGCAACCCUAUUGGCUAAUAUGGUAUUUAAGAUAGUCUGUGCUAUUGCCCACAAAACACUAGGAGUCAAUAGCCAAAGAACCAUUGCCCCCUUAAAUCACAGGUUUAUUAAGACAGACUGACUGCAGCUUUCACCUUUCAUAAAGUACUUGCUGCCUGAGGGCUGAAGAAGGGACUGCACUAUUUGUAGAUUUCCUUGUUUCUUAUUUCAGACUUUAGAAGGUAUUUGUAUUUUGUUUUAAAUGUUGUUGUUUUUUUUAACUAAACUGCUUUUUCCUGGAAGCAGUCCACUCACAUGCUGUAGGUCACAUGGAUGGCAACCAGCCGAUUGGAGGAAAAUGUACCUACACAGGAAGGGAAUUGUAAUCAGGAAGCGGCAGCAGCUUUUAAUACAUAGUGUUUUAUUUGAAAGAUUUGGGUAUCCUAGCGGGAGGGGAGUUCAAUUAAAACCUGAAAAGGUGGACCAGUGAUAAUGUUUCCAAUGCUGAGAAAAUCUUUUAGCCAGUAGUUGUUCUUCCUCAAUCACAGAAAAGUGCACAGAAAGGUUAAUGAAGGAAAAUUACAGAACCCUUUGUCAUUUCAUAGUGUGUGUGUCGGUGCAACAUUCAACACUGAGCCAACCUCUUACAAGGUAUAAACAUAGAGAAUGUUGUGAUAAACAAGAAAAAGAGUAUUGCUGGUGAAAUAAUGUUGUAUAUAACUGGGGGAGUGUAUAAAAAUGUAUUUUAAACUUGUAAAUAAAAAUGAUGUAUGUAUUCAGUGUUCUAGGUGGGGCAUUGCACAAUUAAGAAUAUUCCAGCGACUAUUAUCAUUAAUGAUGACGUAUUUAACAUCUCCCAAAAUAUCGGUAAAAAAGUCAGAGGACUUGGAAUUUCACCAAGAAGUGCCGGUCAAAAAUGAAACGUGUACUAUGAAAGUCAAUUCCCCUUUAAUGGAACUACCAUUGGGGCUAUAUUUGCAGAAAUGAACUUGUCUGUUGUCGCAAUCUGAUUGUUUUGAUGUGUAUCAAAUCCUGCAAUUAUCUUUUCAGAUCUUUUUUUUCUACUUUGCACCCUUUUUCUAUACGAGUGCCAUCUUUAAACAAUAUCAUCUUUUGAUGUUUAUCGCAUAAUGCUAAACCUGGUGAAGUUGUUUAGAGUUGGUGCUCGCAUUAAAAAAAUGUAUGCAGGACAAAUUAGCAAAAUGCUAUUUUAAUUAAAGUCAAAAGAAUAACAGUAAACUGUACACUACCAAAAAUUAUUAUUUAAAAAAAAAAAAUACAUGUUUUUCAAAGCUUCCAAUUUGAGUGUUGAAAUUAUGGCAGGGUAAUUGAUAGGCUGCAGUAAACUACUAAUAAAUAACUUCGAGAGGUUCUCUAAAAUCAAAAACCACAAGAGUUCAAAUGGAACUCCAAGAUGGAACUUUUUUGUGAUAAUCUGACUGACUUUUUUAACAAGCUAAACAAUUUUCUGUUGAGAAUGAACCUGAAUAAUGGUUUGAUGGACAUGGCUCAAGGGCACGCAAGACUGACAGAAGAAGAGAUCAUUGACUGUUCUGACCUCUGAACAGGGCAUCCUGGCUCUGGUAGGCUGCAAUGUAGGAAUUGUAUUAAAAUAAUGUUUUACUGUGGAUCUGUACAUGUUGAAAAAUUAUUAAAGCGUUGAUUUCCCCCAAA